GAUGAGUAAAAACUUUCAGCUAUUUCUAUUUCUUCUGUGUCAUUUAAGAGGCUUUCAAGGUGCACUGUACCCCUCAGACCAGAUCUUACUCAUGGAGGAAAUCUGAUCUGCUGCAGCACGGAAACAUCAGCGGUGAAAUGGCGAGACAAAUUCCUUAGGGAGCUGCCUGUUUUCAAGCCAAGUGUUCAUGAUAUGAUCCAGCUGGCUUACAGGGAUCAACAACCCACUUAUGAAUAAUGGUUAAAAACGAAUCCCACCUGGAUGCUUUGACACUGGCAAUGCUGCAGAAUAAAGCAGUGUCCAUCACCCUCCCAACUGUGUAUACAGUGGUGGCUCUGGUCAGCAUCCCUGGCAACUUGUUCUCCCUUUGGGUGCUCUGUUGGCACAUCAAACCCAAAACACCUUCUGUUAUCUUCAUGAUCAACCUAAGCAUCACAGACCUUAUGCUGGCCAGCUGUUUCCCCUUCCAGAUUUCUUAUCACGUCCAAAGCAAUCACUGGAGAUUUGGCAAGACUCUUUGCAGCCUUGUGACAGUGAUGUUCUACUCCAACAUGUAUUCUUCUAUACUGACCAUGACCCUUAUCAGCGUGGAGAGGUAUGUGGGUGUGGUACACCCCAUGAAGUUGAUCAAGUGGAGAAGAAAAAGAUAUGCCUUGGCUGCCUGUCUAGCUAUGUGGAUUUCCUUGCUACUGGCCUUCUACCCACUAGAAACUACAGACCUGACCUACGAAGUGAAAGAAUUAGGGAUUAUAACCUGUUUUGAUGUCCUAAAAUGGGAUAUGCUGCCCACCUUUGCAGCUUGGGUAGCCUUUCUCCUCACUUUAUUUGUUCUGCUGUUCCUGAUCCCUUUUGUUGUAACAGUUGGAUGCUACAUCGGUAUCAUUAGGAAGCUAAUUCAGACAUCAAACAAAUAUGGUGAUAGGCAAAAAAAUAGAUCCAUAUACCUGGCAACAAUUGUCCUUCUGUCCUUCAUCACUUGCUUCGCACCCAAUAACUUUAUCCUACUUGCGCAUAUGAUCAGCCGCCUAUUCUACAGCAGCAGUUUGUACCCUGCGUACAAGCUCACCUUGUGCCUGAGUUGCUUCAACAACUGCAUAGAUCCCUUCAUUUAUUAUUUUGCAUCUAAAGAAUUUUACCAGAAAUUCAUGCAAUUGUUUCGCCCUAAGUUACUGCUCAGUGACAGCUUGGAAAACAGAAGGGAAAGUUUAUUCUCGGGCAGGACCAUGUCAGCCAGAUCAAUGUCAAAUGGACCGACGGAUGAGGUAGAGGGAGUAAAGGUCAAUUUGCAAAGGCAGGAAAGUGUUUUUUAGCUUUAGAUGUUCCCAGAAGAAAGACACCUGUGAAAUGCAUGAAUAGACACAGAAAACGAUUGCUUUUGAAUGGCCACACUCAAAAUACCUUGCUCCAGUAACAGAACUCAAGCUGUACUUAAAUUGAAUUUCAGCAUUUUUCUGCUCAGAAAUGGAAAUGCUAAAGGAACUGAAUUUAAUCAAGAAGACACUGAAGCAAAUCAAACAGUGUUAGCCUGGAAAUAGCCUUGCUGCAUAAGACCGAGGGAUAGGUUUAGAAUAGUUACUCUCAGGUUGUAUGACAGUUAACCAAAGACUUGUGAUUCUCAGUGAAUGUGAAAUAUUACUGUACAUAAAUUAGACCAUACACCAAAACUGGUUUGGGAGUAAGGGAGUUAUUUUUCUAUGCAAUGGACUAAGCUUUGUUUUUGUUUAUCUUUUUAAUUAUAUUUCUUUCUCUCUUGUAUUUUUUAUAAAAUAAAUAAUAAAAGUAGCACGGCAUUUUACCAUUAAUGCAUAAUGCACAGCCACUGUGAAAUCAUCACCACGUUCACCCAGCUGCUUAUCAGAGUCAAACCACUGUGACACUUGAAAAGGCUAGGUUGACUCGUAUUAUUUAUUUGAAUCUUAUACAGCAAAACAUCUCAUACAAUGAAAGAAAAGCUAACCACAUUUGCAAGUACUUCUUCAUUUCUUGAAAUUAUUAAUUUCUCAGGACUGUGGGGAGCAGUUUAUUCAAGGAAACAAACUUUCCCACAUUAACCUAUUGCAGUACCAAUGCUUCUUGUAUGUGGUUAGUAUCAAAUGGUCAUUUUCAUCAAUUCACUGUAGGCUAGCCAUAAAAGAACCACCCCCCUCAGCAGAAUUAAGCUUUACUUAGUGCUGGGGAGUGAGUUUUUCUUCCUUACAGAGAUGGUGUAGAUUACAAACCAGAUUUUCACCUGGAUAAAUGAAAGUUUAACCACAGACUAGAGUGAUUCUGUGCCAGCAGAAACCAGCUGAAAUCUCUUCCUGAUGGCCAGGUGUCAGAAACAGACUUCUUUCAGGCAGGUAAGAAGAAAGAAUAAAAGAAAGAGGAAAAUAGGGCUUGAGAAUGGGAGCUGUACCAAACAUCCUGAAAAUAAGUUAUGGCAGGUGGGUUGAGCAGUCCUGUGUUUGGAGCCCUUCUCUGAAAUGUCUUUCUACAGCUUCUUUGCAAAUUCCAUGCCAUGUUUAAUUCUUUUCACAUCUCAACAACUGCCUGUGUGCUUGGAAAGACAACUGCUACAGAACAUGUACUGAAGACAGAAGAAAAAAAUGUUUUUCCUGAACAGCUGUACAGUAUUUACAGCUUUUUAUCUACAUUUGACCCUCAUUCACAGAAGAGAGACAAAAACUACUUGAGAAAACCAGACAAGUCCCCCACACAAGCAAGAAAAAGCUACUCCAUAUCUUUUUGCUGUACUGCAACUCCAUCCGACACUGAGGAGGAAGCUGUCUGUAGCACUGUGGGUAGCUGUUCAGACAUCACUGAUGCCUGAGCUCCUGUGCCUAAGUAAUAGGCAACACCCAAGGCCUUUAAAAUUUGCCAUUUUUCUUUGGGUAUCUCAUGACUAAAAAUCAAUUUUCCACCACUAAUCACCAUAAAUUUCUUCACAGUGGAGUGUGGAAAACCACAAAACACAUAGUGAGAUAUUUCAAUGUCCUAUCUUCUCCUAAAGCAUUGUCAGUUUUUGGAGCAGAAUAAAUGUGAGUGGACCUAGCACUACUGUUUACAAGCCAUUCAAUGCUUUGUGGCAUUUAACAGUGCUAGUUUUAAUUUGCAAAUUUUCUGUGUACAAGGCCAACCUUAGUGAUACAUAACUUCUAAACCCUCCCAUCCAUUUGCCUGGAAGGUACCCUUCACUGUUUACUUUCACAUGAUUCCAGCUUUCUCACUAUCAAAGCUGUUUAAUUGUUUUCCACAUUUUGUUGUGGCAGAAAUUUUUUUGAAGUAUAUACUGAAAUCUCUCUCCUUUCUCUUUUUUUGUAACAUGGAAAUAAUUUUUACACAGAAAGCCUUUCCUUCUCCAACAUCUAAUGCAGACUUUGAAUGUGUUUUAUCUUGAACAUGGUCCUCAAGUGCAUAGUCCCUUCUAAAAUAUGCUGCAAAGUGCCUGAACUAUAACUGACACAAAAUAGAGCCAAAAGUGCAGAAACCUUGCCCUUUGGACAUCAACUGCUGUAUUUUGAAAAAUAGUGAGUUGCUCCUUUUUCAAUUGAGAAAAGAUGUUCAUAACUGACUGAAAAUAUUCUCUCCAGCCUCAUCCAGCUCUUCAUAACCCUUCAUUUCUCUUCUGAAAAUGUUUAAAUAGGAACAGGAAGGAUGCCUCAUUUAAGUACACUUCUAUUUCAUUAGCUAGCCUAUAAUUAGCUCAGAGGGAUUGUUCCUUGAGAAAGGAAUAUAAAAAUGAACCCAUCAACAGCAAUCCUUCAAGUUCAAUGGCAUAUACUUGAAGUCUUGGAGGGUUUCUAUUGAAGAGGAAGAGAAUAAAUUAUUAAUAAAAGAGGCCCAUCAUGCUGUUCAUUGAUCCUGGAAAUACAUCCUUCUGGAGCAUGAUAACAAUAAUGGCUUCUACCUUCCUUGAUCAGUGAGUUUAAGUUGACAUCCAUACACAUACAUACAUAUAAAUAUAUACAUAUAAAUAUACAUUGCAAUUUGUGAGGUUAUUGAGAAGUCCAUGUCCAUAUUACGUUCAGUUUGAGGAAUACAGCCCUGGGCAGCUUGCUUACUUGUAAGCAUUACUAUGUAGUUAAUGUAAUUUUACUGAAAAGACAGAAUGUAAAGACUUCUGUUCGUUUUUGGGGUUAGGAGGGGAGUUUGUGUUUGGUUUUGGUUUUUUAAUUACUGUAUAGAAAUGUAACCUAUGAAUAUGCUUGAACUUUUUUGUACAUACAAUGAUAAUAAU